AUGUCGAAAAAAAGGCAUGCAAUCAAUAUACCUGGUGUGAUGCUUGACAGUAUCAGAGAUAGUGAGGAGAUAUAUGAAAACGAUGCGAGGUUCAAGCGUCAGAAAAUCAAAGGACCAUCUGUCAUUCAUCGUAAAGAAAAUAGAAGACAAUCAAGGAUGGAAAAGAAACAGUCUAAAAAACAACUAGCUAAUGAACAUAUGAAACUCUAUAAAGAGAAACAAAAGGAAUAUCAGCUUCAGAAAAAGAAAUCAUUCAACAAGAAACCAAGUCUGAAACAACUGUCUACUAGAAAAGAUGGAGCAGUUGAUUCCAAUAAAUGUUCACAGAAAAAAAAGAAAAGGGUUUCGUUUAGCAAUAAUGACGAUAUUUGUGAAAUACCAGCAAGAGAAUCCAAUUCAGAAAAUGAAAUAGAUGUAGAUUUUGAAAAGUGGGAAAAAGAGUUUGGUGAUGAAAGUGAUGACAGUGAACAGUUCUACAGUAACAGUGAAAAUGAUUCAGAGGAUGAAAAUGAAGAAGAAGAAACAAGCAACUUGAUAGCCACAUUAAAGCAAUUGAAGAAAGUUCAGAGAGGAGCGCAUACAAGUGAUGGUUAUGGUAGCGAUGAUGUUACCGCUGCUAGUGGAAAUAAUGUGACCCAUGAUAUCUGCAAUGAACUGGAGUAUUCUGAAAAUAAAGCAAAUUUGGAUGAAGAGCAGCAACGUGUAAUGAAUCAACUAGCUGUUCUGAAAGGUAAGAAAAAGAGUGGGAAUAUCAAUGUUCGGAUUGUCAAAGAGGAUGAGCUCGAAGAUGAUACUUUUGAAUCAAGUGAUGAUGAUGAUGAUGAUGAUGAUGAUGAUGAUGAUAAUGAUGAAGAUUUUUCUGACAAUUCAUUAAAAGAGUCGGAUGAUGAUCAGAAGAGCAUCAUGACUCACUUGGCUAAGUCAAAAUCUAGAAAAAACAAAGAGCUACCAGGUGCAACAAAUACAUACCAUGGAGCUGAUGUUAGGUUUGACAAAUAUGAUGGAAGCUCAGAUAAAAGUAUUGACUCUGAUUUUAAGUCUGACAGUGAGUUUUAUGAAGCUGAAGAAGAAGUUAUGGCAAAACUCCGUGCUACGAAAGGAAAAAGAAUACAAAGCGAUCAGAACCUUCGUAUAAUAAAAGAAGAUGAACUCAGUGAUGCUGACUCUACGUCACAAGAUGAAGAAGAGAAACUGGAUCCUGUAUUAGAUGACUUAGAUGACGAGCAGAAACAUGUUAUGGCCAAACUGGCAUUAUUGAAAGGUAAGGUUAACUCAAAUUCGGGCAUAAGAAUUGUAAAAGAGGAUGAAUUAAGUGACGAUUCAGAAACUUCAAAUGAAUCUGAUAUUGUCAGACAAUCUGGGUCUGAAGUUGACCCUUCUAGCGGAAAGGAUACCGAUGAAGAUAGAGAAGAAGAAGAAAUUAUGAAAAAGUUGGCUGCUAUUAAAGGGAACAAAAGGGCUCCUAUGAAACUCAAAAUUGUUAAGGAGGAUGAACUCUCCGACGAUAGCACUUCAGACAUUGGGUACUCAAGUGACGAGAGAGAAAAUGAAGAAAUAGACUAUGCAGAGCCUCAAUUCAGAUCAAAAAAUGAUGAGGAAUUGGAUUACUAUACACAGAAGUUGAAACUUGACAAAAACACAAGAAUGAAGCGUGAAUCUGAAGAUGAUUUUGUAGGUGGAUUAUUUGAAGGUUUAGAUUUUAUGGAAAAAUACGAUAAUGCUGAUAAUAUUGAUUAUGAACCGAAACAGAAAAAGUCGGAAGUGAAGGAAAAGAAAACGAAGAAAGAGAAUUCACCUAAACCGAAGGAUCAGAAGCACCAGAGAAUAAUUUCUGCUCAUGACAGGGAAAUGAUUCAAAAAGAGAAAGAUGACAUGAUGUUUUAUGCCAAGAAGUUGGGUAUCAAUCCAAAGAAGGGAGUUUCAAAGCAAGGUGAUGACGACUUUAUUGGUGGUCUGUUUGAUGGCUUGGAUUUGAACUAUUCCGAUGAAACGGAAACAGGUGAUGAUGAGGAUCUUUCAGAGGGGAAAGAACAGUCUAGCUCCGAAUCUGCUUAUGAAAAUGAAAGAGAAGCGUCCAAAAACUUUAAGGGCGGAGAUGAUGAUAUCAAUUCUGAAGAUUUUGAUGACGAUGAUGACUUGGAUGACGACGAUAAAGCACUUCUUCGGGAAAUGUAUGGUUUAGAAAAUUCAGAUUCAGAUUCAGAUUCAGACUUUGCUUCGGAUUCUGAUGAUAGUGAUAGUCCCAAGGCUAAGAAAAACCCUUAUAUGGCACCGGUUGAUCCGAGUACUUUGGGUCUUGAUAACCCAUCUGGAUCUAGGUACAUUCCACCAGCUUUGAGGAAGAAAUUGGCCAUGAAUGAAAAUACUGAAGAUUCUGAAGUAAUGAAGAGACUGUUACGUUUAGUGAAAGGUCCUUUCAACAAGCUUUCUGAAUCCAACUUUUCUAGUUCUAUAUCUGAAUUAAAUGAAGUUUACAUUGAUAAUCCUAGACAGUUUGUUAAUGAAGCUGUGUUGAAGGUUGUCAUCCAAUCAGUUUGUAUUUCUACCCCAAUGCUGGAAAGUUUUUUGGUUCUUUAUUCGAGUGCUAUUGUUGCAUUAUAUAAAUUACAAGGUGUGGAGUUUGGAGCAUUUGUUAUCCAAAAAUUGGUUGAAGAUUUUCUUAAAGAAAUUGAAAGCACGGAGAGGGCAAAACAAGAACUGAUCAAUUUAUCUGGUAUGAUAGGUUAUUUGUAUACUUUGAACUUGAUAAGUGCAACAUUAAUAUAUGACAUUAUAAAAUGGAAGUUGAUUGUUAAUCCAACUGAGUUGAAAACUGAUAUUUUAUUGAAACUAAUCAGAUCGUGCGGGUCCAAACUUAGAACAGAUGAUUCAACAGCUUUGAAUGCCAUUAUAACAGAACUUACUAAAUCCGUUAAGCUGAAUGAAAGCAGAGGUGUUAAAAUUUCUACAAGAACAAGGUUUUUGAUUGACACAAUAACAGAUUUAAAAAACAAUAGGUUGAGGAAUAUGGAAAACGUAAAUACUGUCUCCAUGAUCAAUAGACUUAAAAAGCAGUUAGGUUCAAUCAGCAAUUCUAGAAAUCUUGAUGCAAUCAAGGUCAAUUUAGAAGACAUUGAAAAUAUUGAAGAAAGGGGUAAGUGGUGGUUAGUUGGCUCUGCAUGGAAAGGUAAUGAAGGAUCAAAGACUGAAGUUACUGAAAAAAGUGAUGUCGGUAAUGUUAACGAGGAUUUCCUUAAAGAUGAAGACGAACUAACAGGUGAAGGUGAUGUUAACUGGAUGGAACUUGCCAGACAAUGUAGAAUGAAUACUGACGUUAGAAGAGCUAUUUUUAUUUCCAUCAUGUCAGCAGAAGAUUUCAAGGAUGCUUUUAUGAAGUUGGAAAAGUUGAGCUUAAAGAAAUCACAAAAAGGUGAAAUUCCAAAUAUUUUGAUGCACUGUGCUACAUUGGAAUCCAACAAUAACCCUUAUUACUCUUAUCUGGGAAAGAAACUGUGUGAUGACCAUGGAAUGAGAAGAGCAUUCCAAUUGAAUUUAUGGGACUUUAUCAAAGAGUUAGACGGAGAGGAAAGCUCUACUACAAUCUUACAUAAUGCAAAUGAGGAGGAACGGUUGUGGAAGAUUUUAAAUAUGGGCAGGUUUUUUGGGUUCUUACUUGGAGAAGGAUCUUUAUCACUUAAUGUCCUAAGGGUGGUUAACUUUCUUACAGCCUCAUCUGAUGUCAAGAUUUUCUUGGAGAUUAUGUUGAUCACUGUCCUGGAUAUAAUUGCGAAAAAAUCUCAAGUUGAUCAAUUUGGUAGCGGUAAAAGCAAAAGGAACGUUACAUACACAGGUAAACUCGUGGCGGAGAGAAUAGCAAAAUGUGAUGAACAACCUUUAUUACUUAAAGGUUUACAAUAUUUCUUGAAUGAUAAAUUAAGAGACAGCAAUUUUAUUAAGGGCAAAAAGCAACAGGCCAGAAUCGACUGGGGUAUUGAUACACUUUCUGCAAUGAUUGGCGAAAUGCUAAAAUCACAAAAAUAA